AUGAGUAAGCCCCAGGUGUUGAAAGUGUUCUCAAACCUGGUACAGGCAUUUGUUAACCCACAUACUACAGAAGGUAGUGAGCAGCUUGGUCAGCGUAUUUGGGGAAUUCUGCAGAAGAAAAUAUUUAAAGCAAAAGAUUAUCCAAGAGGAGGAGAUGUGCAACUAUCCCUGCUUGAAUCUUUGUUGGAAGAGAACUUGAAGUUGGCAUCAAAGCCAUUUAAGAAAAAGAAAUCGGCAAAUAACCCAUCAAAAAUAAAACAGUCAGCCUCCUGGAAUCGACACAAAAUGAUUACGUCACUUGCUCAAAAUUCCACGUUUUGGAUUUUGAAGAUCAUUGAUGCACGAAAUUUUCCUGUGCCUGAGCUGCAGAGGGUGGUGGAUAUUUUUAAGGGUUUUUUGACGAUUUAUUUCAACAGUAAGAAGUCUCAAAUGAAACCUGAUUUUUUGAAAGAAUUAUUUAGAAGAAGACCGUGGAUUCGUCAUCAUCUCUUGGGAUUCUUUUUGGAGAAGUGUGGUAGUGCAAAAUCAGAGUUUCGGCAAGUUGAAUCACUUGAUCUGGUGAUUGAAAUAUUGAAAUCACUUAUUUCUGUUAAACCUGAUGGAAGUGGCCAGGAAGCAUCAAAGAAAAUUUUGAAAAGCCAUAUUCCAAAACUAUGUCAUCUUGUGCAACAGUUGGUGACAGAUAUGCCCGAAAAGCAGUCAAGACGGGUUGAUGUGCGUAAGUUCUGUGGCAAGCUCUUCCAGUUUUUGACAACCCAUAACCUGACCACAUCAUUUCUCAGAACUUUGGAACCUGAAGUUCAUGCUUCUUGCGAAUCUCAACUUGGUGAGCUGUUUCUUACUUUGAAAAAGCAGCAACAGUAGGCUGUCUGACUAGUUCUGCUGGAAAUAUCUCCUUCAAGUGUUUGAUUUACAAUCAAAUUAUUGGAAGUUCCUUUCGGUUUGAAUGCUAGUGCAGCAAAUAACCUCUUGCCCAACAC